UGUUACUACUACUUUGUUGUUUUGUCAGAAUUAUUGAGGAUAGGGGUCUUCUGUUUAUACUUGGGUGUGUGAAUAGAACAAGCACUUUGGUUCCUUUCAGUUUUUGUUGGGUUCGCUCCUGCAUUUCAGGACAUAUAUUUAUUAUUAUGUAACUAACCCAUUACGUUAUCUGCUUUUGUGUGUUUUCGAUCGGUUUAUGCCAUGCCUUCCUGGAACACAGGUUUUCUUUCUUGGUUUAAGAAUUUCUGUAACGCUUUUCAGGUUAGUGGGAUGUAUUGAUUUGAAUAUUGCAACUUUGUUUUGUCAUUUAUUUGGUCACUGAUGUUGGAAUUCAUAUCAUAAAACAAAGUAUAACAUAGAUAUGCUUUGUGGGUAUUCUUGUUUAUUUCCUCUUUUUCAUACUUGACCUCAAAUCGUUGCUAGCUAUAUUCGGAAAAUGGGUUUUCUUUCCUUUCAAAGCUUUUGGUUCUUAGUCAUCACUCUGUUAUUAACAUUGGGUAUUGUAAAUAAUUUGGAGCGCUUUUGUUAAUUCUUUUUAUUAUGUUGGUAGCUAAAGUUCAAAGUAGGAAAUUUUUUCUAGAAUAACAUUGCUUGGUUCUAGAGUGAAGGUCUUGUAUGCAUUAAUCCAAAUACUGGUAUCUGUUAUGUUUUAUUGAUGUAUUCUAAGAGCAUUAAACUAACCAAGGAUUGAUAAUUUACCGGUUAUGCACAUCAUAAUAGCCACAUGCUGCAUGUCUUUCCCUCACUUAGUCCAUGGAAUGAAAUGAGUUUUAAUAAUUUAAAUAGUAAUAACAUGAUCCUAACUGCUUGGAAUGGCAUUGGGUUUCUUUCACCAUUGGCCAUAUAUAGAACUUUAUUCACCUACAUUAAGUUGAUGGAAUACUAUAUCAGUUUUGGGCUUUUGGUUUGUUGAUGGACAGUUGAUCACCAAGGUUUUUUAUUACUGUUUGCAAGUCUGAUUUUGCUGCUUGUAAUGCAUUCAAAUUUCAGUUAGUUUAAAUGUAUCGGUUUCACGUAGGAUUAACACGUUAUGACCUACUAUCUGCUGUUUUCAGCUAAGACUGAAGGACAAUAUCUUACUUCUAGGAUUUAAAGCACAUCACUGUCAAUUUGUUAAGAUAAACUAUUAAGAUGAUGGCAUACAUCACUCGUUACCAGGUGGACGACAUUUACUAUUUUAAACUUUGGCUACCGUCAAUGAUGGUGACAUAUUUCUUUGUGUCUAUAUGUAUCGAGGAUCCCCUAGUGAUCAGUUAUGGUGUAGGUGAUUAUUUACUAUGGGGAUUUUGGUAUUUGAUUGUCUCAGGGUACAUUCAUGCCUCCACUGACCUGACUGUUUUCAUUUUGUUCUGUUUUGGGGAUGCAUAGUGUUUGACUCUAGGAUAUUGGUCUUUUCCAAGGGUAAAGGCAUCAUAGCUCAUGAAUUUUAAGCAGUCAGAGCGUAGGAAAAGUAUGGUUGGAUUAAGAUAGUUACUCAUGCUUCAUAUUUUCAUCUAUAGGGUUCAUCAUUACUGUUGUAGUCUCUAAAACAUAAAUCCAUCAUUUCUUCUGGGCUUCUGCUAGCAAAUUAAAUAUCUCCAAUAUGGAACCUUACUAAUCAAUAUACACAAUAGAGAUAAAAUUUGAUUGUUUUUACCUUCCACUUGUUUAUUUAUUGUUAGUUCUCUUAGCUUUGGACUAAUUCCUGGUUAUUAGAUAACUGCUGUUUAAAGGUGCAUGCUUGCUAGACUUUGCUGAGCCAUCCUCUACAAUCUUCUCUUAAGCUUAAAACCUAUUAGAAGUUAGAUGCAAUGAAACUAUAGAUCGGAAUAUGAAGUUUACUAUCUAGGUAUAGUGAGGGGUUGGGGAGGAGGGUGGUGUUUAUAUUUCAUCCCUGAAGAUUGGUUGGUUGGAAUUGGUUAGGAUUUCUCAAGCUGGAGGUUGGAAAAUUCUGCAAAUGCUAGUCAUUCUUUGUCAUCCAUUGACCUUCCAUUGAUAGAACCCAGGAAUAAAGAGAAUGAGGGAAGUUCAGCUCGGUUCACAUACGGUAAGGUCCCAUGGUGUCACAGUUGCAAGGACACACAUGCUUGAUUGGCUUAUACUUCUCUUGCUCGUGGUGAUAGAGGUUCUCCUCUAUAUCAUUCAUCCAUUUUAUCGCUUUGUUGGGAAGGAUAUGAUGGAGGGUCUAAAAUACCCCUUAAAGAGUAACACGGUGCCUGUUUGGGCUGUCCCGGUGUAUGCAGUUCUGCUGCCAAUGAUGAUUUUUCUCCUUGUGUACAUCCAUAGGAGGGAUGUCUAUGAUCUUCAUCAUGCCAUACUAGGCCUCUUAUUCUCUGUUCUACUGACAGCGGUUAUCACAGAUGCAAUUAAAAAUGUAGUUGGCCGACCUCGGCCAGACUUUUUUUGGCGCUGUUUUCCAGAUGGAAAGGAUGCUUAUGAUAAAUGGGGAAAUGUCAUCUGUCAUGGUGAUAAAAGUGUCAUUAAGGAAGGGCAUAAAAGCUUUCCUAGUGGGCAUACCUCGUGGUCGUUUGCUGGUCUGGGUUUUCUUUCGCUAUACUUGUCUGGAAAAGUCAAAGCAUUUGACCGCAGAGGACAUGUUGCAAAACUAUGCAUUGUCUUCCUUCCUCUACUGGUUGCAUCGCUUGUGGCCAUUUCUCGAGUGGAUGAUUAUUGGCACCAUUGGCAGGAUGUCUUUGCUGGAGGUCUCCUAGGGCUUGUAGUUGCUACAUUUUGCUAUUUGCAGUUCUUCCCACCACCUUAUCAUGCUGAUGGUUGGGGUCCAUACGCUUAUUUUCAGGUAUUGGAGGAGUCACUUGCAAGUACACAGGCAACCGAUGUUGAGAAUCAACAAGAUGCAACAGCCGAGGAGGUUCAGAUUGCAAACCAAGAAGAAGAAAGAAGUGAUGAUGGGUUUAUGGGAAUGCAUUCAGCAUGCAAUGCUAGUUCAACAUUGGAAGACAUGGAAUCUGGGAAGAGGUAGCAUUGUUUAUUUCUUAUUCCUAAGAUUAGGAAUAUGUACAUGCACGCAUCUCAUGAGCUGUAGAGUUUUGAACGUGUUUCGAGCAGUUUGAGAUCCUGCUGGAAUAUUAUUGUAAGUUGUGUAGGUAGCUAAGGACACUGCUGUUAAGUAGCAGAGUUUACCUUUGACUAGUUAGAAAGUUUGUUAACCAAAACCCUCCAUUUCUCAUGUCAAGAUGUUUAAAGAGAGAUAAUAAAAGUGAGUCUGACCAAAUAUUAAU